ACUUGCGCUCAAUGCGGUUAUCCCGCUGCUAAGUUGCGUUCCUACAACUGGUCCAUCAAGGCCAAGAGGAGGAAGACCACUGGUACCGGCCGCAUGCGUCACUUGAAGGUUGUCCGUAGACGUUUCCGCAACGGCUUCCGUGAAGGUACCCAAGCCAAGCCCAAGAAGACCACCCAAGCUAAAUAGAUAGAUACCAUGUAUCUAGAUAGCAGAUUGGUCCGAGUUGUGGAUUGACUCAAAACAACAAAAGUGUCACCUUCGUCUUUUUUUAAAUAAUAUUUUUUGUAUGUUUUCCGGGUUGUUUACUGGAUAAAGCAACUUUAAAGAUAAUGUGAAUAUGUUU